GAAGACGGAGGAGCCAAUGAGUGCGAGAUGUUGAGUGACAGCUGUCCAAUCGAGACCCUCAGUGCUAGGAGGGUUUGCUGCUGAAGCGCCGCCGCCGUCUGAGGAAUGUCAACUAUUCAACAUGGAGGCGGAGGUCGAUAAGCUGGAACUGAUGUUCCAGAAAGCUGACUCCGACUUGGAUUACAUUCAGUACAGGCUGGAAUAUGAAAUCAAGGCUAAUCAUCCUGAGUCAGCGGGCGAGAAAAAUCCAGUAACACUCUUAAAGGAAAUGUCAGUGAUCAAGUCUCGAUAUCAAGCUUUGUUUGCACGCCUUAAACCACUUGCCGCUGAGCAGAAAGAGACCAAAAACCGCAUUUGUACUGCAGUGAAUAAGACUAUGAUCGCGAUACAACAACUACAAAAGCAAACAGACCUGGAGCUGUCACCACUAACUGAAGAGGAGAAAGCUGCAGCAGAGCAAUUCAAGUCUCGCAUGCUGGACUCAUGAAAACACGGAAUGGCUACAGUGAACUUAAAUGGAAAAGAGAUUCAGUGCAAAGAAAUUUAGGAAAAUAUCUUGUUAACACUUGGCUUCCAGAGGUCAAGCCUGGUGAAAAAGGAGGGUUGGCUUAAGUGUUUGGUUAAUGAUGGUUUUCAAACAAGAUAAAAUAAGAGGGACAGGUAUAUGAAUGAAGUACAGCUCAAAAGAUGGAAUGUGAAUAAAGGAUUUUAGAUACAUACACACAAAUACAUAGUCUUAUAAUUUCAGGGAAGGGUGCCACUCAACACUAUUUUGCAUCUGUUUUCUUUUUGCAUAUUCAGUAUAAUGUCCUGACCUAUCAUAAAAAGAAAAGUUUACGUACAUUUCAGCUAUUCAAAAUGUGAAUGAGCAUGCAAUAGAAAUUAAAGGAUCGAGAAGAUGUUUGUGUUAGACAUAUAUAUCUCAAAGUAUCCAUGGGAAAUGGAAUUAAGAGUUAAAUUAAUUUUGAUAUAAAAGUUGACAUCCAUGCACAGUUUUUUCAUAAUACACAUUUCCAUGAUUAUUUCAAAGUCCCUGCUAGCAUACACUGGUAUUAUCAUUUCAUAUUGAAAAUGUGGACUGCAUAUGUGGUCACAUUUUUGCUAUGAAUGCCAAAAUGUGACUCGUGCUCUCCCACAAACCCUAAAGUAAUAAACUGGCUUUUCUGUGA